UGAUUCUAAUGUCAACUGUCGAUUAGAGAUAUCUUGUAAUUCUAAAAUACAAUUGUUGCCUGUGAACGUAUAUAAAUAGGAGGCAUAGUUAAAUGUUCAACACACAGUCAGCUGUAGAAGAAAGAAGAUAACAAUGGUGAACGUUUUGUUCAUAGUGGCAGCCCUGCUUGCAAUCCAAUCCGUGUGUGAGGGCGCAGGUCUAAAGCAUAAAUUUUAUAAGAAAACGUGUCCUCCAGCGGAGGCCAUAGUCAGAAGUGUGGUUCGGAAAUUUGUAGCAAAAGACCCAACUGUUGCGGCUCCUCUUUUACGGAUGAAUUUCCAUGAUUGUUUUGUGCGAGGUUGCGAUGCGUCAGUGCUUCUGAAUUCCACAUCGACAAACAAAGCAGAGCGAGACGCCCCUCCAAAUCUGACACUUGAUGGAUUUGAUGUAAUUGAUGAUGUAAAAGAAAAAUUAGAGAAGAAAUGUCCAGGCGUCGUUUCAUGUGCUGACAUUAUUGCAUUGGCUGCCCGAGACGCUGUUCUUACUGCGAGUGGAGGUCCAUUUUGGAACGUGAAAACUGGACGGAGGGAUGGAACAAUCUCUAAUGCGACUGAAGCUUUAGCCAACAUUCCCUCUCCAUUUUUUAACUUCUCUCAACUUCAAGCAUCGUUUGCCAAAAAAGGACUUAAUGUCGAAGAUCUUGUUGUUCUCUCUGGAGGACACACAAUUGGAAACAGCCAUUGUCCUUCGUUCAGCAAGAGGCUUUACAAUUUCACAGGAAAAGGUGACAUGGACCCUUCCUUGGACCCUGCCUAUGCACAAGUAUUGAAGAAGAAAUGUCCCAGCCUAGCAGACAAUACAACCUCUGUUGAAAUGGUUCCCAAUAGCUCCGUGUCCUUUGAUAGCAAUUAUUAUACAAAUCUUCUGGCAAACAGGGGCCUCUUCACGUCUGAUGUUGCCCUUCUCACAAACCCAGCUGCGAAACUACUCGUUGAUAGAGAGGUGAAGGAAAAGAGAUUUUUCAGAAGCUUCCGGAAAUCCAUGCAAAAGAUGUUAGAAAUUGGUGUUUUGACUGGAAGUGCUGGACAAAUUAGACAUGUCUGUGCUCUUGUGAACUAAAUUUCUUUGAGGUUGUUGGAGCCUAUGUUAAUAAGCUUGUAAAAGGCAUAUUAAAUAUUAACUAUUUAUUAUA